GAUAGCCAAAAGAACAAAAGCUAUCUUUUUCCUGUAUCCAAUCAGCAACAUUUAAGCUUUUAUAUGUAAAAACGAUUAACUCGACGCGCCUCACAAGAAUCAAGGCAAACGCAUUCAGAUUACACACGGAUCUGAUGAGCGCGUCACUGAUGCUCGUGAGUGUUGCUGUGUCACGCGGUGUUUUGUUACUGGCUUUGCCUCAGUUUGACUCGAUAGCUAAACUUCUAAACUUUAAGGACUUUUGAAGCAGUAUUUUAAACAAAAUGAAAACUGACGUUAGGAGACACGUCGCGGGGUAAACCGCUAAAUGUGGAGUACUGCUAAGUGUACAAGAAAGGGCUGGAUUUUGGUCAGGUAACCACCUUGCAAGAAACAGCAAUAAGAGAACAUGGCGGGCAGGGGUGUAAAUGAAAACACUCCUCUUUUGGACAACUCUGCGAUUUCACCCAGAUUAGAGUCAGUGUUCCAUGGCAGGAGACUGGCAUGUGCCGCCAUACUUCUGGCAGAGUCUUUAGAGCGGAUGGCCUUUUAUGGCAUCACCUCAAACCUGGUACUCUUCCUCAACAGUAGCCCCUUCUAUUGGGAGGGCACUUUGGCCAGCCAGGCUCCAUUGCUCUUCAUGGGGGUCACUUAUUUGAUAUCACCGUUUGGAGGCUGGCUGGCGGAUGCGUUCCUUGGGAAGUUCUUAACCAUAGCGUUAAGUUUAAUCCUCUACUUGUUUGGGAUGCUGCUUUUCCCACUUGUGUCCAGUGACAACACCAGGAACUAUCUGUGUGGGGAAGAGAUGGCAUUCCCAGUACAACCAGCAGAGUGUUUUCCUGAAAACGGGACUGUGCCCGCCAAUGUUACCUGCAGCAAUCGGCAGUCCUACUGUGGGCCGGCAAUCUUCAGCGGCCUGGUGCUGGUAGCGGUUGGGGUGGGCGCUGUGAAAUCAAACAUUACUCCAUUUGGGGCGGAUCAGGUGAAAGAUCGAGGUCCAGAGGCAACACGGCGGUUCUUCAACUGGUUCUACUGGUGCAUUAAUCUGGGAGCAAUCUUCUCGCUGGGUGGAGUAGCCUACAUUCAGCAGAACAUUAGCUUCUCAAUCGGCUACAUCAUACCCACAGUCUGCCUUGCUGUGUCCCUUAUUGUCUUUGUUCUGGGCCGCACGGUUUUCAUCACAAAGCCUGCAGAUGGCAGUGCCUUCAGCGGCAUGUUUCGGAUCCUGGGCUCGGCUCUCUGCGGACGUGGCCCAGAAGAACCCAGUCUGCUCAGACCGAAGCCAACUCUCCUGGAUGGUGCCAAGGUGACAUACGGUGGCCGAUUUCCAGAAGAGAAAGUCGAGGAAGUGAAAUCUCUGGUUAAAAUACUUCCUGUUUUCCUGGCACUCAUUCCAUACUGGACUGUGUAUUUCCAGAUGCAGACCACAUAUUAUCUCCAAAGUCUUCAUCUGAGAAUACCUGGAACCGAUCCAAACUCCACAGACUCCCAUCAGCACGCCUUCCGUUUUCCUGCGGCUUGGCUGACCAUGUUUGACGCCGUGCUGAUCCUCAUGUUGAUCCCGCUCAAGGAUAAAGUGGUGGACCCCAUCCUCAAACGCAAAGGCCUGCUGCCCUCCCCUCUGAAGAGAAUUGCCGUGGGCAUGUUCUUUGUCAUGUGCUCGGCCGUGGCGGCUGGCAUUUUAGAGACGAAGAGGCUGGAUAUUGUGAACAAACAAGGUCCUAUCGAGCAGACACUCGGUGGAGUUAUAUACUAUGCAGCUGAUCUGGCCAUAUGGUGGCAGGUGCCUCAAUAUGUCCUCAUUGGUGUCAGCGAAAUUUUCGCUAGUAUUGCAGGUCUGGAGUUUGCCUACUCCGCAGCCCCGCGGUCCAUGCAGAGUGCUAUAAUGGGCCUGUUCUUCUUUUUCUCUGGCAUCGGCUCCUUUGUGGGAUCUGGACUUCUUGCUAUCGUCUCUCUGAAAGCCAUCGGCUGGAUGUCCUCACAUAAAGACUUCGGUAACAUCAAUGAGUGUACACUGAAUUACUACUUCUUCCUUCUGGCUGCCAUUCAGGGAGUCACGCUGCUCUUCUUUCUCAUUGUGUCUGUGAAGUAUGACAAACAGAAGCCCAGAGCAGGAAGCCACAGUGCCUCUCUGACCAACUCAUGACCCCAUCACAACACCAGCUCAUAGAAAACAGCCUUAAAAGAGGUAGUUCACCCAAAAUUUUAAAUUCUGUUACUAUUUACUUACUCUCAUUUUGUUCAAACGUGGAACGCAAAAGGAGAUGUUGGGCAAAAUGUUAGCAUUAGUGACCACUCACAUUAAAGGUGCUGUAAGCGAUGGAAAGGUAUACAAAAAUUGUCCUACUCCCUUAUAGAUAUUAAUAAAAAAAUAAGUGUCCUGAGACAUCUCACCGGUCUCUGUGACAGCUGUAGACUUUGUAAACUGCGGACAUGGAUGCUUUUCACCUGUCAUUAAUGUUGCUCUUUCUCAGUGCUGUAUUUGCAGCGAAUUAUUGAGGCUUACUACCAUUUUUAAGCCAUGUUGUUCAUAACAGUUGUGUGUUGAGGGCGCUAUUUUGUUGCUGUUGUUUCAAACAACCGUUUCUGCACAAUGUCUGUCUAAAUAAAGCUCAUUUGAAAUCUUUGGAGUGCGGGGUUUUGGAAUGAGGGAGUGUGGCUAAUUCAACAGCUUGGUCACAUGGAAAUAGAACAUCUGAAAUCGCUUACAGUACCUUUAAUUUCAUCUUGUGCCCAUACAAUGAAAGUGAAUGGUGACUGAGGCAAGCAGAAUGCCUAAUAUCGUUCAAAAGUCAUACAAGUUGACAAACAACAUGACUGGGAGAACAUUAUGACAUCAUUUUCAUUUUUGGGCAAACUUUACAUUUAAGACUCUUAGAAUUUUGAUAAUGAGGUAGGAUUUUAAACAUUUGACUCAGAUGUUGAACCCCACUUGUUUACAUGUAGUAUCCAUAUCUAUCAAUUUUAAAAACUCAAGACAAUUUGAGAGAAAUCAGAAAAACAAAACUCAAGUGACGGUUUGCUAAAAAUGUUUUGGUAUAAAAUGUUUUAUUUCAAUUGAUGGUGGAAAAUUACAGUAGGUUGGUUCACUCCACUGGCGAUGACACUUUCAUGAUUUGGAGAUUUUGGUUUUUGAGUAUAUUUGUACUUUUUGUUUGGGGUAUUUUCACAUUUUGAAAUUCAAUGACCUCUCUAUUGAAAGUGGUCUUGCAAUUAUUUGCAGGGGUUGUAAAAAUUAAUGUUAUUGUUUUCGAACGGAUGGGUUUGAAUAUUUAUUGAAUCUAUGAUUUCUCAUUGUGGUUUGCUGUACUGCUGUACAUACACACCUAGUCAAAUUGGAUUUAAAUGUGUCUUUUUGGGCAUGUGCUGUGGUACUUUUUAACAGUUUAAAUUAAACAAUUUUUUAACGAUUAAUCACUUCUUUAUUGCUCUCCACAUAUGCAGUUCAGGCACCAUUUGCACUGUAUGAUGAAUCUCAGGUCAGUCAGUUUCUCCAUUAAAACUACUCGGCUGUGUUUAAAUGUCUAAGACAGCAAGUAUGAUUGACUAUUUGAAAUGGUGCCUUAACACAAGGAACACAUACAAUAUUGUCAAAAUAAUCAGUGUGGUAGUUAAUUAAAACUACAAUGCCAAUGUUUUUUUAAUUAUGUAUUUUCUUUUUUACGGUUUGAUUAAAUGAGUAACUUUGGUACUAAACAUAAGGCAUUAUUAGAGUCUGCCACUGUUGUAGAUACUUUAUUAGGCAUUACUUUUCCUUUAGCUUGUUUUUAAUACAUUUGCAUCAAACGUUGUAAUGCCAAGCACUUCAGCACUCUUUAAAAUGGUUUUGCUAUGAGCACAGCAAACAAACAUCAUCAGAUAAAUAAUGUCCUCAAGGAGAAUUUGCAUAAUAUAUGCUGGUAUCAUUAUGCACAUCUUAAAUAUUAAUAUUUCCUGUGCAAAUGGAAAUAGUGUUUCUUUUUUUGGUUAAACACCUGCAUUUUGUUUGUAAUGAUUCAUGCCAUUUAUUAAACUGUACAGUGCUUUUAAAUAAGCUACAAACCUUGACGUCUGCAUGAGGAUAUUAAUGAAAUCACAUUUGCACUAAUCUCUUGUAAAAAUACAUUUAUAAUUUAAGAUUUAUAAUUACUUGGAAUCAUUCAUUUUACAUGCUGGCACAUUAAUGAUCUCUUUACAUACAUAAAAAUGUAUACCUCAGCUUCCUAAUGGUAUCAUGGUGUGGCUUUGUGCUUGAUGUAAUUUUGAUGCAAAUUUUGCAAUGACUAAACCCUUUAAUUGCUGUUUUUGUUUCUGGUAACUAAUUACGUUUGCGGUCUUAACUGGGGCAGCGCACUUAAAAUAGUAUCAACACUCCCAUUAUGUUUCUGUAUUGCAUUUAACAGGUAGUUCCUGGGGUUCGAGGUACACUUUAUCAGCAGUUAAAAAUUGUGCCUUCAAUCCCAAAAAUUGCUCCACAUACUGAUGCACUCUCAUCUUUAUCCAUUUACAUUUUGUAUUUCAAAAUGAGAAUUAGCUACCUGUAAUGAUAUAUUUCCCAGUGAAACUGUUUUGAGGAACAGUCAUUAGAGACUGAUUCUAUUAUCAAUUUGGUGAAAUAUUAAGAAUUCUAUGAACGGUUGGAUGAAAGGCCAUCAUUAAUUAUGAACCGGGCAUGCUAAAAUGUCUUAAAAAUCUUUAGGACAUUUUAUUUUUAUUGAGCUAAACCAUUUGCCUCAAAUGUUUUGUUGUUAUAAACUUAAAUAUUCCCAAAUAAUAUUUGAGUGUGUGCUGUGAAAUAUUGUGAAUUUUUGUUCUUUUUAUUUUCUUUAAUGUAGCUCAUGCUUAAAAUGGGUUUACAUUUUUUUUUACUCCAAUAAAAUGUUAUUUGACCUCUGAUGUUUGUGCACGUGUCCUC